AAGAAGCACAACGCUGCUGAGCCUCCUACUUUACCUUUCUCACUCCAACUGCCUGCCGCCCUUCAGACCGCGUCUCCACAGUUUCCCAACACCCCCUCCCCCAUCCCACGACACCUGAGGGAAACUUUUCCCUAUCCCCUCAAUUCAAACUCAGCUGCUUCUACGGUUGCCGCAAACCGUCCUCUCCCUAGCAACGAGGUUCCGGCCGUAGAGCGAGCGGCUCUAGGUGUAAGGAAGGUGAUGUCGUAAAGCCGCGAGUGUCGUAAACCAGUUUCAGUUUAAAUUCUCAACUGGCAAUUGGCCGAAAACUCCCAUCAGAAGACGUGAGCAUCCAAAUGUCCUUUUGUGAUUUGGCUACUGUCUGCUUGACAUAGGAAGGCCCUAUCAAGAAAAAACUAAUGGAGUGAUUAACUAUCAAAAGAAAAUCAAUGGAAAAUCUUUAACUUCCACCACAAGAAGAUUAAAAAGAGGUCCCUCCUGCACCAAGAAAGAUCUGCAGAUCUUUUUCAGUGUUCUUGGAGGUGUGGGGUGUGAGAACUUGAUCAGUUUGUGUCAACCACCUUGUUCUCUAAAGUUACAAAUUAUAAUACUGUGGUAGAAACAAAUUCAGAUUCAGAUGAUGAAGACAAACUCCAUAUUGUGGAAGAAGAAAGUAUUACAGAUGCAGCAGAUUGUGAAGGUGGUGUGCCCGAAGAUGACCUGCCAACAGACCAGACAGUAUUACCGGGGAGCAGUGAAAGAGAAGGCAGUGCUAAGAGCUGCUGGGAGGAUGAUGCAGGAAAGGAAGGACAAGAAAUCCUGGGGCCUGAAGCUCAGACAGAUGAAGCGGGAUGUGCAGAUGCAGAAAAUGAACAAAACCAUGAUCCUAAUGUUGAAGAGUUCCUGCAACAACAAGACACUGCUGUCAUUUACCCCGAGGCACCUGAAGAGGACCAGAGGCAGGGCACCCCAGAAGCCAGUGGUCAUGAUGACAAUGAGACAUGUGACACAAUCUGGUGGUAAUCGUAAAUUCAAGUGCACUGAAUGUGGAAAAGCUUUCAAAUACAAACAUCAUCUAAAAGAGCACUUAAGAAUCCACAGUGGAGAGAAGCCAUAUGAAUGCCCAAACUGCAAGAAACGUUUUUCCCAUUCUGGUUCCUAUAGCUCACACAUAAGCAGUAAGAAAUGCAUCAGCUUGAUGCCUGUGAAUGGGCGACCAAGAACAGGACUCAAGACGCCUCAGUGUUCCUCACCAUCUCUUUCGGCAUCACCGGGCAGUCCCACGCGACCACAGAUACGGCAGAAGUUAGAGAAUAAGCCCCUUCAAGAGCAACUUUCUAUAAACCAAAUUAAAACUGAACCUGUGGAUUAUGAAUUCAAACCCAUAGUGGUUGCUUCAGGAAUCAACUGUUCAGCCCCUUUACAGAAUGGGGUUUUUAGUGGUGGUGGCCCGUUACAGGCGACCAGUUCUCCUCAGGGUGUGGUGCAAGCUGUUGUUCUGCCAACAGUUGGUUUGGUGUCUCCCAUAAGUAUCAAUUUAAGUGAUAUUCAGAAUGUACUUAAAGUGGCAGUGGAUGGUAAUGUAAUAAGGCAAGUUUUGGAGAAUAAUCAAGCCAAUCUUGCAUCCAAAGAACAAGAAACAAUCAGUGCUUCAUCCAUACAGCAAGGUGGCCAUUCUGUUAUUUCCGCCAUCAGUCUUCCUUUGGUUGAUCAAGAUGGAACAACCAAAAUCAUCAUUAACUACAGUCUUGAGCAGCCUAGCCAACUUCAGGUUGUUCCUCAGAAUUUAAAAAAAGAAAAUCCAGUCCCCACAAACAGCUGCAAAAGUGAAAAGUUACCAGAAGAUCUUACUGUUAAAUCAGAGAAGGACAAAAGCUUUGAAGGAGGAGCGAACGAUAGCACUUGCCUUCUGUGUGACGAAUGUCCAGGAGAUAUUAAUGCACUUCCAGAAUUAAAGCACUAUGACCUAAAGCAGCCUACUCAGCCUCCUCCACUCCCUGCCCCAGAAGCUGAGAAGCCCGAGUCCUCUGUUUCAUCUGGUGGAGAUGGCAAUCUGUCUCCCAGUCAGCCACCUUUAAAGAACCUUUUGUCUCUUCUGAAAGCUUAUUAUGCUUUGAACGCACAACCAAGUGCAGAAGAGCUCUCAAAGAUUGCUGACUCAGUAAACCUACCCCUGGAUGUAGUAAAAAAGUGGUUUGAAAAGAUGCAGGCUGGACAGAUUUCAGUGCAGUCUUCUGAACCAUCUUCUCCUGAACCCAGCAAAGGAAAUAUCCCUGCAAAGAAUGAUGAGCAGCCUCAAUCUACAAAUACAAAUGAGCCCCCGGAAGGCACAGUAAAUCUACAAAGUCCCCUGAAGAUGACUAACUCUCCAGUUUUACCAGCGGGAUCCACCGUCAAUGGUUCCAGAAGUAGUCCAUCAUCCCCAUCACCUCUAAACCUUUCCUCCUCCAGAAACACACAGGGUUACUUGUACACAGCAGAAGCCGCACAGGAAGAGCCACAAGUAGAACCUCUUGAUCUUUCACUACCAAAGCAACAGGGAGAAUUAUUAGAAAGGUCAACGAUCACUAGUGUUUACCAGAACAGUGUUUAUUCUGUCCAGGAAGAACCCUUGAACUUGUCUUGCGCAAAAAAGGAGCCACAAAAGGACAGUUGUGUUACAGACUCAGAACCAGUUGUAAAUGUAAUCCCACCAAGUGCCAACCCCAUAAAUAUUGCUAUACCUACAGUCACUGCCCAAUUACCAACGAUCGUGGCCAUUGCUGACCAGAACAGUGUUCCAUGCUUGCGAGCACUAGCUGCCAAUAAGCAGACUAUUCUGAUUCCCCAGGUGGCUUACACGUACUCGACUACAGUCAGCCCUGCAGUCCAGGAACCACCCUUGAAAGUGAUCCAGCCAAAUGGGAAUCAGGAUGAAAGGCAAGACACUAGUUCAGAAGGAGUAUCAAAUGUAGAAGACCAGAAUGACUCUGAUUCUACACCACCCAAAAAGAAAAUGCGGAAGACAGAAAAUGGAAUGUAUGCUUGUGAUUUGUGUGAUAAGAUAUUCCAAAAGAGUAGCUCACUAUUGAGACAUAAAUACGAACACACAGGUAAGAGACCGCACGAGUGUGGGAUCUGUAAAAAGGCAUUUAAACACAAACAUCAUUUGAUUGAACACAUGCGGUUGCAUUCUGGAGAAAAGCCCUAUCAAUGUGACAAAUGUGGGAAGCGUUUCUCACACUCUGGGUCUUAUUCUCAACACAUGAAUCAUCGCUACUCCUACUGCAAGCGAGAGGCCGAGGAGCGGGAUAGCACGGAGCAGGAAGAGGCGGGACCGGAAGUCUUGGCCAGCGAGCAUGCUGGGGCCCGGGCGUCUCCCUCGCAGGCCGACUCUGACGAGAGAGAGAGUCUGACGAGGGAAGAGGAUGAAGACAGUGAAAAAGAGGAAGAGGAGGAGGAGGACAAAGAGAUGGAAGAACUGCAGGAAGAGAAAGAAUGUGAAAAACCGCAAGGGGAGGAGGAAGAGGAGGAGGAGGAAGACGAGAUGGAGGAGGAGGAGGGGGAAGAGGCAGAGAAUGAGGGAGAAGAGGCAAAAACUGAAGGUCUGAUGAAGGAAGAUGAAGCUGUAAAUCAAGGGAGCAGCUUAGAACAAAAAGUGAGCAAGAAGAGUGAGCAGGUGUCUGAAGAAAAAACAAAUGAAGCCUAAUAGUUUUUCUAGAAGGAAAAUACAUUCUAAUUGGUAAUGAAGUUUGUUCUAUAUUAUACAUGCUUUUCAUGGAAACACAGUAACCUGUAUACUGUGGUUUCUGUUCACUACUGUGUAAAGUAAAAAUUUAAAAAAAAAUACAAAAUACAAAAAAAAAAAAAAAAAAAACACACAAAAAAAAAUCCGGGUGUGCCUGAUCUCAGACCUAGUAAUUUUUCAUGCAUUUUUCAAAGUUAGGAAGAAGUUUGUAACACGAAGCAGAUUAGAAGACUUUAAUGACUCGGAAGGCAAAGAUUUAACAGGUUAAAGGAAACUGAUUAAUUAGAUAAGCAUCUGGCAUUGUUUCUUUUUGUCAGUAUUAAUUAUCACUCUUACGUUGGUUUAUUCUUAAGCUGUACAAUUGGGAGAAAUUUUAUAAUUUUUUAUUGGUAAACAUAUGCUAAAUCCGCUUCAGUAUUUUAUUAUGUUUUUUAAAAUGUGAGAACUUCUGCACUACAAAAUUCCCUUCACAGAGAAGUAUAAUGCAGUUCCAAACCAUGCUAACUACCUUUUAUAAAUUCAAUCUAGAAGGUAGUAAUUUCUAAUAUUUAGACAUCAUAGUGGAGUAUUAUCAUUUCAAGUGUAUUGUUAGCCUUAAGAAAGCAGCCGAUAGAAGAACUGAAGUUUCUUACUCAUGUGAUUUAAAAUGGAGUUCAGAAGAUUGUCUUUGAGUUCUGAUUGCAGGGACUAACAGUGUUAAUCCUGGGAAGGGUAGCAGAGUCGUCAGAAUCAGUGUUCGUAAUUGUGUUUGAGUAUGUGGUGACAAAUAUGAAGGAUAUGAUAUGAAGCUUUGUAUCUCCUUUGGCCUUAAGCAAGACCUGUGUGCUGUAAGUGCCAUUUAUCAGUAUUUUCAAGGCCCUAACCCGCCUUCGUUCGAUGCGUGGCCUACAAUAACUAGCAUUUGUUGAUUUGUUUAUUGUAUCAAAAUUCCAAAUAAAACUUAAAACCACUGACUCUGUCAGAGAAACCUAAACACUGGGACAUUUCAUCCUUUAAUUCCUCAGUAUUCAUUUUAUGUUAAUUGACUUUCAAAAUUUCUCUACAGAAAUGAAAGGGAAAUUUUCUAAUCUGCUCUAUCCAUGUACUUGCAUUUCAGACAUGGACAUGCCAUUGUUAUUUGGCUCAUAACUGUUUCCAAAUGUUAGUUAUUAUGGACCCAGUUUAUUAACAACAUUAGCUGAUUUUUACCUAUCAGUAUUAUUUUAUUUCUUUUAGUUUAUAGAUCUGUGCAACAUUUUUGUACUGUAUGUCUUCAAACCUGGCAGUAUUAAUACCCUUCUUACUGACAUGUACUUUUAGUUUUAGAAAACUUUUAUAUUUAUGUGUCUUAUUUUUAUAUUUCUUUAUUUAUUACACAGUGUAGUGUAUAAUACUGUAGUUUGUAUUAAUACAAUAAUAUAUUUUAGUAUGAAAAUUUGGAAAGUUGAUAAGAUUUAAAGUAGAGAUGCAAUUGGUUCUCUUGCAUUGAGAUUUGAUUUAACAGUGUUACGUUAACAUUUAUACUUGCCUUGGACUGUAGAACAGAACUUAAACGGGAAUGUAUUAGUUUUACAACUACAAUCAAGUCAUUUUACCUUUACCCAGUUUUUAAUAUAAAACUCUUAAAUUUUGAAAUUCACUGUGUGACUAAUAGCAUGAUGCUCUGCAGUUUUAUUAAGAGAUUAGCCUAACCAUCAAACUCUCAUCUCCUUAGUAAGCCAAAUUAGGAUAACCUCAUAUAAACAGUGUUGGGAACAAUGUUUAACAUUUUGUGCCAAUUUGUUCCUGUAUUCAUGUAUGUAAGUUACAAAUCUGAUUCUUCAUUUUUAAGUUCCUUGUUACACCAUGGUCAUUUUCUAGUUUUUUACCAGACUCCCCCAUCUCACAAUAAAAUGCAUCAAGAAGCCUGA